AUCCCAUUAGGUAUCGACAUGAAUUCAAGUCAAAUGAACUGUGGACUGAGAUUAAACUGGUGUUAGACACUUUUGCAGAACCCCUCACUGCACUUUUUAAAACUACAAUUGAACUGUGCCAUACACAUGCCAAGGAUGUCAACGUAUUGAAGGUUCUCUUCUCUUCUCUCGUUUUGAUUGCUAAGCUGUUCUAUAGCUUAAAUUUCCAAGAUUUGCCAGAGUUUUUUGAAGAUAACAUGGAAACAUGGAUGAUGAACUUUCAUAGUUUACUCACUUUGGACAAUAAGUUGCUACAAACUAAUGAUGAAGAAGAGGCUGGUUUGUUGGAACUGCUGAAGUCCCAAAUAUGUGAUAAUGCUGCUCUCUAUGCUCAGAAAUAUGAUGAAGAGUUCCAGCCCUAUCUACCUCAAUUUGUCACAGCUAUUUGGAAUCUACUAGUCACAACCAAGCAGGAGGUUAAAUAUGACUUGCUGGUAAGCAAUGCUAUUCAGUUCCUGGCAUCUGUCUGUGAGAGACCACACUACAAACAUUUGUUUGAAGAUCAGAAUACAUUAACCAGUAUUUGUGAAAAGGUUAUUGUUCCUAACAUGGAAUUCAGAGCUGCUGACGAAGAAGCAUUUGAAGAUAACUCUGAAGAGUACAUCAGGAGAGAUUUGGAGGGAUCAG